AUGCAUAGAAUCUCUCUCUAUCGAUUAAUAAUUACCAUUGAAAUUAUUAUUAUUCAAUCAAUAAAUAAUUCUAUUAAUGGUAUUCAUAUUCAGAUAUAUGAUAAUAUCGCUGAAAUAUCUCAAUCAAUAACACCCUAUGAUUUACCUGUAACAUUUUCUCAACAAGAAUGGUAUGAUAUUCGAGCAGAUUCAAUUCGACUUGUUGGCAAUUGUGUUAAUGUACGUGCUCAAAUAAUUUCAUUCAAUCGGACAUCAUUAAAUGGUCAAAGACUAAUGAUUAAACGUGAUAUUCAUAGUGAUUUAUAUACAGACGGAAUUAUGAUUGAUGAAACACGAAAUCUAGUGGAAGAUUUAAUUGAUAAUACAUAUUAUACUAUUACUAAUGAUCGCAUACGAUAUUUAUCUAUUCCAUCUGUUGGUAAAUUUUCAGUUGAUUUUGUCUUAGAAACAUAUACAAACGAACAACUCUAUUUACGUUAUUUACAAAAUAAAAUCAAGUGGAAAGUACGUUAUGAUCUUCUACUAGCCAGUAAUAAUACUGAUUCAAUUUUACAAGCAUAUGCUGAAAUUCGAAAUGAUGGAAGUUCAUCGUUGGUGGUUAAUUCUGCCAAAUUAUUUAGCGGAGAUAUUAAUAUUCAAUCAACAUCGGGUAGUGUAGAUUCUAACCCAUACGGCGGAGGUGCAUCUGAUGCACCAUUAUUUCAAUCGCAAUCCAAUGGCUAUGCUAGUGCUCCGUCUUACCCAGCUGUGUCUGAUGCCGAAGAGUUAGCUGGUUUGUACAUAUUUGCAAUUAACGAAACAUUUAUUCUCGAUACUCGAUCGAGUUACACACUCCCAAUGUUUCGUCCGAUAAUUGAUAUUGAGCGUUACGGUUCAAUAGAAAAAUAUUUUCUACCAACUGAUAACCGUGGUAACGUUCAACGUACGUAUCGUCUUCGUGUAGAACAAACCUUUCUACCGCGAGGCCAAGUAUUCAUACGUGAAUCAGAUCAAUUAGUAGGUGAAAUCUAUUGGCCUGAUCUUGCUUCGAAUGAAACCAAUGAGUUUACUCUUGGUGAAGAUCCGGACUUACGAUAUAUCGAACGUGUUCAGGUGAAUUCGCGUAGAAAAUUGUAUCAAACAAAUAGUUCUCGUAUAGUUCUAUCAACGUAUACCAUUGAUUUACAUUUGAUUAAUAAUAAGUCACGUGCAAUGAAUAUCGAAUAUCGAUUGAAAUUUAGUUCACAGAACAAUUUGAAAUUAAGCGAAAAUACAACAAAUAAUGUACUUCAACUUGAUGGUCCAUCGAUUAUUGGAACAUUUGAAUUAAAUGCAAAUGAUGAACAACAAUAUAAAUUUACUUUUGAAACUGAAUGA